CUCUUCCUUAAUUAGUUGGAAUCAAAGCUUUGGAAUGCAAGUUACUAGCAUAAACUUUCAUGAUGCUAUGGGCCUCCUUGCUAUCUUACAUUGUUUUUAUCAGGUCAAAACAAGCCACCACUAAAAUGGUCAAAGCAUACUCGCAAGAGCACACUUACAAGCACCCGUGGGAGCGAGUGACCUCCGCAUCUUGGCGCAAGUUUGCUGACCCAGAGAACAAGCGCACCUUAUCCCACAUCCUAGAAGUCGACACCUUGAAUCACAAACUGGACUCUGAAUCAGGUAAACUCUAUACGACUCGAGCCAUCACGAUCCAUGCGCCUGGUCCAUGGUUCCUUCGCAAGAUUGUCGGUCAAGACAUCUGCCAUUGUGUGGAAUCAACCGUUGUGGAUGCUCAGACUCGAUCAAUGCAGCUUGCAACCAAGAACAUCAGUCUACAGAAAUAUGUGGAAGUGGAGGAGAAGAUCAGGUAUGAUCCACACCCAGAUAAUCCCGACGGGUGGACGAUUUGCAGGCAGGAAACCAGCAUAAGGAUAAAGCCGUUGUCGACGCUGGCAUCAAUGGCGGAGAAAAUAGAGCAAAAAUGUGUGGAGAAGUUCCAACAGAACAGUGCCAAGGGUAGGGAGGUGAUGGAGAGGAUGUGCAAGUAUCUGGAAGCUGAAUCAUCUUCCAGGGGCAUUUCUGUCUAAUUGUAGGCUGUGUUAUUGCAAAAGACAUUUUUUGAGUGUUUGAAAUAGUAGUGAAAAGAGUAGGAAAUAGAGCAAGUAAUAAAAUGGAUUGUAGUGUUGUGAUUUAAGGUUGGUUUCUAGUAGAGGUGGACAAAAAUGAGUUCCGGGUCGGGUCGGGUCGGGUCCACUUGACCAUCUUAGUUUCUAAGCAUGUAUGUGGGAAUGGGGAAGAGCCCCAUAAUUUUCUGUAUUACAUAAAAGCUAAGUUGCUUUUUCACCAA